AUGUGCCCGGGCUUCUCCGAGUGCAGAUCAGACCACUAUUACUUGUCUUCAGGUUUGAAACUUUUCCUCGGCCUUGCACCAACAUGUCAGGGAGCUCUCCGGCAGCUGGCGCGUUCGCUGUGGCGGACUACGUGGUGUUCGCGCUGAUGUUGGCCACGUCUGCUGCCGUCGGGGUCUACUUCGCUUGGGCAGACAGGGGCCAGAGGAGCACCAGGGACUUCCUGAUGGGGGGCCGCAGACUGACGGCCCUGCCCGUCUCCCUGUCCUUGACCGCCAGCUUCAUGUCAGCCAUCACGGUGCUGUCCAACCCAGCCGAGGUGUACCGCUUUGGAGCCAAUAUUGUGUUCUUUGGUUUGGCCUAUGCACUGACCAUGCUGGUCACAUCAGAGAUCUUCCUUCCAGUCUUCUACAGACUGGCCACUACCAGCACCUACGAGUAUCUAGAGCUGCGCUUCAACAGAGCCACGCGCCUGCUGGGAUCUCUGUUCUUCAUCGCUCAGACUAUCCUCUACACUGGGAUCGUCAUCUAUGCCCCGGCGCUGGCUUUGAACCAGGUCACCGGGAUAGAUCUGUGGGGCGCCAUCAUUUCCACAGGGGUCGUCUGUACCUUUUACUGCACGCUGGGCGGCCUGAAGGCAGUGGUGUGGACCGACGUCCUUCAGCUGGGCGUCAUGCUCACAGGCUUCCUGUCCGUUAUCAUCAAGUCCAUCAUCUUACAAGGGGGCGUCUCGCCCAUUAUCUCAGACUCACAACAAGGCGGGAGACUCAAUUUCUGGGAUUUUGACAUAAACCCUCGGAGGAAACACACGUUUUGGACCAUAACCAUCGGGGGGACUUUUCUCUGGAUCAGCAUCUAUGGAAUCAACCAAGGCCAAGUUCAGAGAUACAUCUCUUGCAAAAGCAUCGCCCACGCCCGAAUAUCUCUGUACAUUAACCUGCUGGGCCUGUGGCUCAUCUUGCUGUGCUCGGUGUUUGCAGGAAUGUGCAUUUACUCUGUGUAUAAGACAUGCGACCCGUUGACGGCCGGCCAGGUCUCCGCUCCAGAUCAGCUCCUGCCGUACUUGGUGAUGAACAUCUUGGGCGGCCACCCCGGCCUUCCUGGGCUGUUCGUCGCAGCAGUGUACAGCGGAUCCCUGAGCACGGUGUCCACCAGCAUCAACGCGCUGACUGCUGUGACGAUAGAGGACCUGAUCAGGCCGUGCACCAAUAUGUCUGAGAAGCAGCUCUCCUGGAUCUCCAAAGGCUUGACUUUCACAUAUGGGGCAAUAUGUAUCACAAUGGCUGGACUGGCAUCAAUCAUGGGGGGAAUUCUGCAGGCAGCCUUCAGUGUUUUUGGAGUCAUUGGAGGUCCUCUACUUGGCUUGUUUAUACUGGGCCUCCUUUGUCCAUUCGCCAACUCCAAAGGAGCUCUGUCAGGUCUUGUGUCAGGGCUGAUCUUGUCUCUCUGGGUGACCAUUGGAGCCAGGAUAUACCCUCCCUCCCCCGAGAUGACUCGACCGUUGUUACUAACAACUGAGGGCUGUAACCUUACCACUACGGAAAGCAUCAACUGGACCUCCACCGCUCUGCCAGAACCACUAAGCUCCAUCACCACAGCCCCACUGCAGAACAUAGGCAGUGGGAGACCUCCACUCGCAGAUCACUGGUACGCCUUGUCCUACCUCUACUUUAGUCCUUUGGGAACUUUAACAGCCGUCAGUGUGGGCCUGCUGGUCAGCAUCCUUACAGGAGGCUGUAAGCAGAGGGCAGAAUCUAGGCUGACCUUAAUGAAAGAAGACACAACAAUUUAUCACGUUUUCAAGUUUUUCAAGCACAAAGUCAAGAGGUCAAGAGUGCUGGACCUGGCAAAUGACAGAGACAGGAAAUAUGGAAACACAAAUCAUGCUUUCUGGGACUCUGGGCUGGAUUAGUAGAAUUCUCAUUUUAAUUUCAAACCCAUAUUCUUCAACUUAUUUCUAAUAUCUGAUUUAUAUAUAUA